GAGAGCUUGCCGCCUCGCCCUUUGCUGUUGCCUGCGGCGAGCUUCUCGCCCGGGCAAUGGCAGCGCAGGUAGGAGGGACCUUCACGAUGAUUCGGAGACUGAAUCAGAAGGGGGAGAAGGGGAUCAUAUCUGUCAAGCAGACCAGGAUUGCAGUUGCGGACCACCCAUCCGCCUACUGCAACCGGACGAGCGCACGAGCUGCACAGAGGACUUGAUGUGUGAAAACGAUGGGUACUAUUUCCGCGCGUGCCAGAGGCACCGGGAUAUGUACGAGGCGUCUCGAGCCAAGAGGGCCUGCGCAGUAGAGGGCUGCAACAACGCCGCCAGGAGUGUACUCAAAGGAGUGCGCCUGUGCAAGCUCCACUCGGCUAAGGAAGAGAGGGGGCCGAAACCUCAGGGCGAAGCUAAAGGCCCCCGCGCUGUCGGAGACGUUGUUAAGGAAGCAGACAAGGAGGAGGCCGCCUCACCGCCUGAGGCGCGUUCCGCGCCCGGGCAAGGGGGUGUUGACUCCAGCAACCUUGCUGCUACGGGGAACGAGCAGGAGGACUCCAAGGAUUUGGCCGCCUACUUGCAGGCAAGGCUGAAUGGAGAGUCUCACUCCGUCGCUCUUCUCAGCACAGCGAAGCGGGACGAGAGCCUGACCGCAGCGAGCCGACGCCUCACAGAAACAGCAAAGGCGGCUCUUCAGAGGCUGCCUUCAGACUACCCGGAGGAGGUAACUCAGCUCAUCCGGAGCCUCGCCGGAGCUCGCGAGAAGGGGGAGACGCCCGACCCUAUCCUCGAGUUAGGGAAGAGGAGCUUGGCGCGGACCGCGGCCGAGCUACCUCGCCCGGUUGAGGAGCACAAGCCCGAGUCCUCAGUUGUGCCUUUUACGGUCCCAGCUCCGCGGUUCGGCGUUGCUACCGCUGCUCCACCUCAGGUGAGCGCAGCGCUGCUCUUUCGACAAAGGGAGGCCAGCAGGGCGACUACCAGCGACAGCGCGUCAGCGGUGCCUCUGCCGGACGGCCUCGUGUCAGCACUGAGACCCUCGCGGGCAGGUGCGUUCACGGAGCCAGAAGCACGCCCCACUGAUGACACCGCAAGGGCAUUGCAGACGAUUGCAAAGACUCUCAGUGCCCGUGACGAGUCGUCCUCCCACGAUAAGGGGAAAUUAGCAAGCAUUGGCCGCCCGGAAGAAAGACUCGUGUUCAUCGUUAGGGGAUGUGAUUCCCUAACCGUGCCUGUGUGUGCUUGCACCACAGGAAAGGAGUUGUUCCACUCGUUGAAGACUGCCGGGGCCCAGGGAAGGCCACAGAUGCGAGCGCUGCAAUUUCCGGUGAACGUUACCAACAGGGUCGCAUAUGGGCUGGCCUCUCUUUCCAUCGGGGGUCGGGAAGUCAAGUCUCUGCCGGAGUACGCCCUCUCCGUUGCCGACUUCCCCUUGACCUCGGAGGAAGACUUCGACAACUUCGUCCCGCCACCUGACAGCCGGCUGGAAAAGCGCCCACGCCACCCGACGACACUGACAGCGUGGUUUCGGGCUGCCCUUAGGAUGGCCUGGGCGGUCGCCUGCGUCUAUGGCACCGAGCACUACGCGCUCUUCGAAGCCGCAGCCACCAAGCUUCUACACCUGGGAGAAGAAGCAACCUAUGCUUGGCCGCUCCCCUGGGUGAUGAGCACUUGGGAAGAGCUCUGGAGCCGGAUGGUCGAGGAACUUCGGCAACUGGACCGGGAAAUGCGAAGGCUGAUGGGGGAAGAAUCCCCUUCGUGGGAAAGGAUCAGGUUUUUCUGUACCUCGCCGGACGACCAAGGGAACCAGGGAACCCUUGGCUUCGACUCCCCCGUACGUUUGACCUGGAGGAUCCCAAGGAGUUCUUCGCGUCGGACAUAG